AAAAAGAAGAGGAGGAUUUUGUUUUCCAAGAGCCAAAUCCAUUUACUGGAGAAGAGGUUCAACCAGCAGCGCUACUUAUCAACUCCUGAAAGAGAGCAGCUUGCAACUGAGCUGCGACUGACUCCAAUUCAAAUCAAGAUUUGGUUUCAAAACCAUCGAUACAAAUUCAAGAAA